AUGGCUGUUCUGCCCGGCCAGUGGCCGCUGCACCUGCUUUUUCUGCCUUUGUUCGCCCUACUGAUCCAAGGUCAGAUGUACAAUACUGGCACCACUGGCACCACUGGCACCACUGGCACCACUGGCACCACCGGCACCACCGGCACCACUGGUAGCAGCAGCAGCACCAUCACCCGCCAAAACAACCUCACAUUCCUCGGAGUAUUUGGCAACCUUCAGCGCUUCCCGGCCAGUAAUCCAGUAUACGAGGUCGGGGGCCAAGUUACGAUAAGCUGGGAGACCGUGUACGACACCGUCGAUAUUUGGUUGGGGCAGAUGUACCCAAACACGCCGUCCGGGACGCCACAGUUGCAAGCCGGAAUUUCAAACGGCACGUAUACCUGGCACCCCAGUCUUGAUAACUUUCCAUCUUCUCUUGGCAAGGGUCAAGAUGCCAUCCUAUAUUUUCAGGCGUACGAAGGCGGCAGUCGCGGCCCGCCGACACAAAGCCACUCAUUCAACCUGACACUGCCCGAUGAGUCUUCCUCGACGUCGGGGGAGCCAUCAGCGACGUCGAUACCGAGCGCAGAAGGCAUUGCAUCAGGAUCAAACGCAGGGCUGUCAGGGGCUGCCAUUGCAGGCAUCGCCGUCGGCGCCACGCUUGGCGCCGCGCUGCUGGCUCUGUGCGCCGGCCUCGCUUUCUACAGCUGGCGUCGGCGGCAGAAGAGGUACGGAGCAUAUGGGGACAUGGACAGUGAGGCAAAGAGCCAGUUUGAACCCGGGCAUUCGUCGGCGCUGGAUCUGUACGCCGAGGCGCUGGGUGACGUGCCCCCGGUUGAGCUGAGCUGCGAUGGUGAAAUUCGUCCGGAGCUGGAUGCCGCGACCACGAUGCGAUUUCCGCCGCCGCCCGAGGCAUCAACAACCCAUCAGACUGAAGCGACAAAGACGCAACUUCAUCCCUGGACUCGCUGGUUCAGACGCAUUCGACAGUCGCCACGGAAGCGAUGA